GUGCCUCGAAUUAGGGUUAGGGUUUAGGGCUUGGGCUUGGCACCUUGUGUCGUCGCAGCGUCGAGCAGCUCUGGCGCUGCCUUUGUUUCAUGGGAAAGUUGGCUUUCGCGGUUGAAUUUGGACUAGGUUUUGUGUGUGUGUGUCUCCCUGAAUCGAGAGACGCAAAAUCUCCCAUUGUCGAGAGACGCUACUGUGGCACCGUUGGAAGGGGAUGAGUUUCAGCGGGAGAGGGAGCGCAUGUUGCGGUUUUUUCCUUUGAAUUGCAUCAGGGUUUUAAGCGGGGUUUAGGAUUCAAAAUGAAUAAGGACUUUGUGUUUGAGCUUGAAGGCGGAGAGAAUGCGGUGAAGAAUGUGGCGGUUCAGUCACCGUGGGAGUUCUCGAGUUACACUGCGGAUGAAAAUGGACAUGGUACUGAGUGGAAGGUUAAUACCAUCGACCAGAAAAUUUCGCAAGUCAGGUCUAGUAUGAAUGGUUACAAGAGAGGACUGGGUAGUGAGAGUGAGGAUGAAGAGGACGAAGACGCAGAGGAUGAUGAUAAUGGCGAGGUAGAGAAUGUGGACAUGGAGGGUGAUAGCGACGAGGGAGAAAGUGGUGACGACGACAGUGAUGAAGUUGAUGAGGAAGACAAUGUGGACGGAGAGGAAGAGGUCGACGAGCCAGCUUCUGAGGUUAGUGAUGAGAGUGAAGGUGAAGAAGGUGACGAGAGUGAGGAUGAAGAAGAUGACGAUGACGAAGACGAUAUUGACGAGAGAAUUGAAGAGCUCCCCAAGAAGAAAUCAAAACUGCCCAAAGUUCAUGUGGAAGAUGUACACAGUCCAGGGGAGGGUAAGGAAGCAAGUAGCUUUUUCUCUUCUUCGGCAGGUGCCUCAUUUAGUGCAAAAUCUUUUGGAGAGCUUAACCUGUCUAGGCCUCUGAUUCGUGCUUGCGAAACCCUAGGCUACAGAGAGCCCACUCCAAUUCAGGCUGCUUGCAUACCUUUGGCUUUGACGGGGCGUGAUAUCUGUGGUAGUGCAGUUACAGGAUCUGGCAAAACUGGAGCUUUUGCUUUACCUAUGUUGGAGCGGUUGCUGUAUCGUCCACGUCGUAUUCCUGCCAUUCGAUGUUUGAUUUUGACUCCCACUAGGGAGCUCGCAGUUCAGGUGCACAGUAUGGUGCAAAAAUUAGCUCAAUUUACUGAUGUUACUUCCGCCAUUGUUGUCGGUGGCCUGUCGUCGAAGGUGCAAGAGGUUGCCCUGAGGGCUCGACCAGAUAUUGUGGUGGCUACACCUGGACGGAUGUUGGAUCAUUUGCAAAAUUCUCUUUCUGUGGGAUUGGAGGAUCUCUCUAUUCUUGUACUGGAUGAGGCUGAUCGUCUUCUUGAGCUCGGUUUUACUCAAGAAGUUCAUGAAUUGGUACGCCAAUGUCCAAAAAGAAGGCAAACUAUGUUAUUUUCUGCAACAAUGACAGAGGAGGUGUCUAAUCUCAUCAAUCUGUCACUUAAUAGUCCUGUACGCCUCUCAGCUGAUCCAUCUACCAAGAGACCUGUAUCUUUAUCUGAAGAAGUGGUGAAGAUUCGGCCCGCUCUUGAGAAUGAUAAAGAGGCUGUUUUGCUGGCUCUGUGUACUCGAACGUUUAAAGAAAAAGUUAUAAUUUUCAGUGGAAUGAAGGUAGAAGCGCACCGGUUGAAGAUAUUAUUUGGCCUAGCUGGCUUGAAAGCAGCUGAACUACAUGGAAAUCUCACCCAAGCUAUGCGACUUGAUGCUUUGGAGAGCUUCAGGAAGCAAGAAGUAGAUUUCCUAAUCGCUACAGAUGUUGCUGCUCGUGGCCUUGACAUUGUUGGAGUGGAGACCGUCAUCAACUUUCAUUGUCCGUCAGACAUAACUGUAUACGUGCAUAGAGUUGGUCGAACUGCCAGAGCUGGAAGGAAAGGAUGUGCUGUCACAUUUGUUACAGAACGGGAGCGCUCUUUACUAAAAGCGAUUGCCAAGAAGGCUGGCUCUCAACUACAAAAUCGUCAGGUUGCUCCUACCUCUAUUUACAAUUGGAGAUCCAAGAUUGAGGAGAUGGAAGAUGGUGUGAGAGAGGUGAUGCAAGCUGAACGGGAGGAAAAGGCUCUUAGAAAAGCAGAGAUGGAAGUCAAUAAGGCGCAAAAUAUGAUGGACCACGAGAAGGAGAUAUUUUCCCGACCUAAACGAGAGUGGUUCUUAUCUACUAAGGAAAAGAAGACAACCAUAGCCGCCGCCAAAGCAAGAAAAGAGGGUAAAGGAGAAAAGGCUCCUGCAGCGAUGAUUAGUGUAGAGGAAGCGGAUGAGGCAAAACGUAAAGACAAGCGGAAACGAGAUAGGGAGAAAAACAUGACCCGAAAGCAACGAAGGAAGUUGGAGGCAGAGCGUGAGGAUGCUGAAGAUGCGGAUGAUGGGCCCGAUUCUGACGCAGAUGUAGAGAUGAAAACAAUGAAGGGUAAGAAGGGAAAAUCUUCGGAGGAAAAGGGUGGCAAGACGUCACUCGUAGAUCUCGCAUAUCGUCGUGCUAAGGCAGCUAAAUCAGUUGAUAGGCUGGUGAAGGCUGGGAAGAUUGGUCCUCAAAAGAAACUCAAGGGUUCAAAAACAACUGAUCAAAAAACCAAAAGCAGGAAAGCUGAGGUUGAAGAAUUGUUUGAAAGUGAUUUUGGUGAUGAUAAGCGGAAGAAAGGCAAAAAGGAGUUUCAGCCUAAAAAGCCAACAAGGAAGCCUGGAGUUUCAAAAAGAUCGUUCAAGAGUAAAUCAAGGUACAAACGCAGGAAAUAGAAUUUUGUAGAUGGGAUUUCAAGCUGGAAGCAUUUCUGCAGUCAUUGGUAGCUAUCAAUCAAUGUGUGGUAACCCAUUCAAUUCACCUGCGAUAGAAAAACCAUUGGGGUCGGUUAUUAACACUCCGUGGAAGACCCCUGGUAGUGCGCUGGUGGGGUUUCGUGGGAUUUCUUGAAGACUAUACGUUAUAACCAUAUGAUGUUAAAAUCUUAAAUUGAAUUAGCAUUGACUGUUUGACAUGUGAACUUACAUGUACCGACUCUGUCUGCACGUUAAGUGCGGAUUUCAGAAUUGGAUUUGUCGCAAUCUAAUUUAGCGACUUCUGUAUUACAUCUCCUGGAUAGCAGGAUGGAAGGGUAUCAGUACAUGAGGAAAAGGCAGUGCAUGACUCUGACGAGUUAGAUGUACUUUGUAGAGCUAUGCUUAUGCCUAGCUUACUUCUGGCAAAAGUAUGUAUGGCGAAAGAUGAACUAGCAUUUUUUUUAACUUCAUCUUGGAAGUCUUAGUGAGGAAAUAUGUGGGUUGGAAAACUCAAGUUUUGGAGCAACUCUAGGUGCAAGGAGAGUAGUACUCUUUCGUAUGAA